CACUCAGCUCUCCUUUGCUGUGUGAUCUCUGUGAACACUUCCUCCAACCUGCUAAUCCACAGCAGCAUCAGAGCACCUGGAUCAGAGACAGGAAACAGGAAACUCUUUACAGAUGCAGGCGUCAUGGUGUUUUUAAGCAGACUGCUGUGUGUGGUUUUAAUACCUUCCUGAUCUGGACUGAGAACUUGCAUCAGGAGGGUCCUGUCUGAGUCAGACUGUAAGAUGGCCAAAGUGAACUCAAAAGCUGUGAUUGUGAUCCUGUUCAUAACUGUGCUGCUGGGGCUGCUGUACGUCUGCCAGUACUACAGAAUCUCUCUGUCCUUUGAGGAGACGUGGAAAACAGAGAAGGAAGGAUCUCAGACCAUCAGGAUCAGUCACAGUAGCACUGAUGUCCACCUUGAGUCUCCACCAGGUCUCAAGUACAGUCAGCCCAGCAUUGUGCAUGGUCGUACUGACGUGGUGACGGUGACGCCAUGGUUGGCUCCGGUGGUCUGGGAGGGAACCUUUAAUGAGCUUCUCCUCGACAGUAUCUACAAAAAGAAGAACAUCACCGUCGCCGCCACCGUCUUCGCUGUUGGAAAGUACAUUAUGUUCCUGAAGGACUUCCUGGAGACAGCUGACAAGCACUUCUUCGCUGGCUUUAGGGUGGACUUCUACGUGUUCACCGAUCGCCUCAACGAAGUGCCCAAAGUGAACAUGGCGGCCGGCAGAACGCUGACAGUGCGCUCAGUGCCCAGUUCUAACCGGUGGCAGGAGAUCUCAGCUCGUAGGAUGGAGCUCAUACAGAAGCUGAUCGAGGAAACAUUUCAAAACCACGUCGACUACAUCUUCUGUCUGGAUGUCGACUCCAAGUUCCACGGUCGCUGGGGGACUGAGUCGCUGGGAGGACUCGUAGCUGUGAUCCAUCCAGGUUACUACAGGGACAACCGAAGCAGGUUCCCCUACGAGCGGAGACCGGCCUCCAGGGCCUACGUGGCUCCUGGAGAGGGGGACUUCUACUACUGUGGUGGGGCGUUUGGGGGGUUGGUGCAGGAAGUUCACCAGCUCGCCAAAACCUGCCGCAAUAACUUCGAGGAUGACGCCAAGGAAGGCAUCGAGGCCGCCUGGCAGGAGGAGAGUCACCUGAAUAGGUAUAUGUGGAUCAACAAGCCCAGCAAGGUUCUGUCACCUGAGUACCUGUGGCAGGACUUCAAACAGAGAAACCCAGAGGUUCUCCUCAUAAGGUUCUCUGGAGUCAUCAAGAACUAUGCCAAUAUCAGACCCAACUAAACCAGACUGAAGUGGGCUGACCUGGGCUGGCCCAUUCAAUCCAGUGUGGCCUGGGUGAGCUGAGCUAAACCCACUGUGGGUCUGAGUUUGGAGAAAAAAACUGGUACAGCCCUGGAGCCAGUUCAAACUUGAAUCUUGCCCACAAGCCCUCUCAGGAAGACAUUUUUAACACUGCUCGCCCAUCCUCUCAUCCACAGCUAAUGCUGCAUUACCUCCACUGAGCAUGUGCAGAUCACUGGAUUCAAUAAAUUCAUACCUCAGAGCAUAAUAAUUUGUCCUUAUGUACACAUGUGUCUGCCUCAGGGCUUAGCCCAGCCCUGGAAUUGUUCAGAUUCUCACUCAGUUACAGCAAUUUUUACUUUUUAUUUUAUAGUAAAAUGAAUGUGUGCUCUUCCUAAAAGUUGAGGACAGGUGUGUCAGGCUCUCAGAAUAAUACAGAAAGAAAAUAAAUCAGUGAAAUGUGAGUUUCAGCAGGAGUAAAGAAAAACAAUUAAAAUUAUGAUGUG